AUGGCAUCUUACUUGGCUAGCAUUUACGGUACUGAGCAAGACAAAGUCAACUGCUCGUUCUACUACAAAGUGAGAUCUCCGCCUUGGCCGCCCGUCAUUUUCGGGAGGCUCAGCUAACCAUCCUGCCCCCUUUGUCCCUCGCCCUGCGCAGAUCGGUGCCUGCCGCCAUGGAGACAGAUGCUCAAGGAAGCACACACGGCCACCUUUCAGUCAGACCAUACUCAUCUCCAACGUGUAUCAAAAUCCUCGACAUGCAGACGCGAACUGCACCAUGAGCGACGAAGAGCUUCAACGCGACUUUGACGACUUUUUUGAAGACUUCUUUUGCGAAUUAGCUAGGUAUGGAACGCUCAUCGAGAUGCAUGUAUGCGAUAAUGUUGGGGAGCACUUGAUCGGGAACGUGUAUGCGCGAUACGAAUUUGAAGAAGAGGCUGGAAGAGCGGUGGAUGCUCUGAACGAGAGAUGGUACGCUGGUAAGUGUCGCCUCGAUGUGGGACAGGGUCGCUGGUAAAUCAUAGAAUCAUGGAAGCGGUCCAAGCUAGCGUGCCAUGGUGUCAUGAACGGGAUUACCAAUGCUGAUCUUUGCGCAAGGUUACGGACCUCUUGGCUGAUAUUACUUAUCCCCACUUUCAUCAGGACGACCGCUGUUUUCCGAACUCUCACCCGUGACAGACUUCAGGGAAGCGUGCUGUCGGCAAAAUGAGACAAACGAGUGCAACAGGGGCGGCUUUUGUGAGUGGCAUGCUUCUUGGUCAUUCCGCGCACAUAGUUCCGAGAAGCUGAUGCUUACAGAAAACUUCUCUCUUGGGCAUCUCAGGCAACUUCAUGCAUUUGAGGUACGCUUCGCCCGCUUUGGUGAGGGAGUUGCAUCACGAGCUAUCGGCAGAGCUCGCCUUUCGAAGAGCAAAAGAAGAGAGCACGGGCAAAAAGAUGGGCUGGAAAGAUGAGAUUGCGGCGAAUGAUGACACGGUACCGGACUGGAAAAAGGGAAAGAGCGGAGGGGAUUGGAGAAACGGGCCUAGAACUUUGCCGGUGGAAGGUGACGAUCAAAAUGUGGCUCAUGACGAUCCUGCGGAUCAAAAAGACAGGCGUCGCUCUGACAGGAGGAGCGCGAGUCCGUCGCGGUAA